AUGCGAUGUAAAGUUAAAAAUUCAAAUUGUGUUAUUUGUCUCGAGGAUUUCUGUGAAGAUGAAGAAAUAGCUGUGUGUCCAUGUGAACAUGCAUUUCAUAAACGUUGUCUAUCGCCAUGGCUACAGAAUAAUUGUACUUGUCCCAUGUGUAAUAUGUGUAUUAAACCGGAAACAUCUGGUUCAUUUUCUAAUCGGAUUUGCAAAGAACAAAAGAAGGCCUUAAUCGCAGGACUAGUUAAGUUGUUGGAGGAAGUUUACCAUGUCUCCCUGAAUUAA